CUCGUCCGUAUACUUCAUAUCGUUCGCCUCUGUCACACUCAUAGUUGCAACGACGAUGGAAUCACCAACAAGAUCUGGUGGGCGCAUGAAGCGAAAGCUAUCCAAUGAUCAGGAAAGGGACGAUGAAGCCAACCGUCCAACAGCCGGAAUGAAGCGGCCUCGUGAUGGUUCGCUGGAGAGGCCACCGUCUCUCCGCGACGCUCCCGGCGCUUUAGACGCGGACAGCGGCAGUUCAGCUGGAUCUCCAGUCUCUUUGAGAGCAAAAGAUAACGAACCUCAUGCGAAAAGUCACGCGACUGAAGUAGGAAAAACUGGUGACGAAACCACCAGUGGCAUCCCCCAGGAAGUGGCGGCGCCUCCUGUACAUGAAGCAGAAGACCAGAAUGCUGCGUCCGAGGCAACUGCUGAAGGCGCCAAGAAUGAGAAGGAAGCUGUGGUAGUUAAUGACACAUCUAUCAAACACGAUGAACAUACCCCAAUGGACACGGCUCCAGUGGCAUCUGGGCGCAAUCCUGACGCUGCCACCAGCUCCGUUUCCAGCCCUUCUAAAACCGGAAAGCCGUCUGCCCCUACCGUUGAAGAGGAGAAAUCAGCUACCAAGCCCUUUGUUAAUGGCUUUGCCGCAUGGAAGCAGGGAGGCCUUGGCAAGUUCACGCCUUACUCGUUCGGUGCCUCUCCCACAAGUCCUCCGUCUGCGUUCGGUGGUGCUGGUGUCACCGCCCUUGGAAGUACAUCUACGCACGCCUUCGAGAGUGGAUCAUCAACGAGCGUCUUCACAUCUCCCCCAAUGUCUCCACCACCCUCCACCGAUAUCAAUCCGCUAGCAGGAAAGAUUUCUACGACGUCAAAGAAUGGCUUUGAGGGGUUUGCAGCCAGAAAUCCUUUGAACUUCUUGGCAAAAAGUCCCAUGGGCGAGAACAUUGACACGCUGCCCAAGAUCAAUGCUUUCAAAGGCUUCGCACCACGCAGCUUUGGUGCAACAUCAGGACUACCACCAUCCGGUGGAAGUAAUAGCAUUUUCGGCCAACCAAAUGCGUCACCUUUUUACGACAGCUCGGUGACGCCUCAUGAGAACGUACUGCCGUCAGCGUUAAGCCCGCCUGCCGAUCCGUUUAGCUACGUGCCGGAGAAGGAGGCGGACGUGUUCGGGCGCAAACGUGAGGGUACCCCUCAACCGGAACCCACACUCAAAGGCGAUCGCAUUGUUGGCGAGGGGGAAGAAGACGAGGAUACAAUAGUCAAAGGGCGCGCUGCUCUAUUCUAUAAGGUCAAAGACAACCCAUUCCAGAAGCGCGGCGCUGGCUGGGUGAAGCUGAAUGUGAACCGUUAUGAUGGAAGGGCUCGUCUGAUCAUGCGCCUUGAUGGAACUUUGAGAGUUGCCAUGAAUGAAGGCUUGUAUCGCGACCAGUCAUUUAUUCCAGACAAUGGAGGUCAGAUUAUUAGAUUUGGGGUCAUUGAUAGCGACGGGGAGCAAACACACUAUGCGCUGAAGCUCGGGAAUACUGAAAGUGGUCAAAAUUUCCUUGAUCACAUUCAUAACGUGCUUCCUCGACAAGCUUCCAAGUUCUCUGCAACGGCCGCCGUUACCUCCAAAGACGCUCACGCAGACCUCCCAACGAAGAAUGGCACCAAAGUGGCGACUGAAGCCGCCAACGUUUCCCAGCCCGAUGCCGAGGCAC